UAUUUUCCUUAGUAUUGUAUUAACGAGAGAAGUCGGGCUUUCAUGUCGAUGCAACCACCUAAGCGGCUUGGCUAUCACGUCAGGCUAGUUACGGGGUUUCGUUCUCCGGUGGAUUCCAUACUUAGGUCCCGGAAUAUAUUUUAUUUCGAGUUACACAUUUUAACCAACUAUUUACAUUCUUGUUAGCACCAAGCACAAACGGAGGAAGUUAAAAUCUUCUGGCGAAAUAUUGAUCUAAAAAGAAAGGAAAUGGAGGUAAAUGCGACUAUAAAGCAAAAGGAAAUAGGAGAUGAAACUGGCUACGGCACAAUUUGCUGCUAAUAAUUUCAAAACGGGAAACGAUGUACAUAUGAUCCAGAACAGAUCACGAACAGAAUAUGUGUCGAACUUACAUGCCACUACCAGUCAAAAAACAGUAGCAAAUGGGAGAGUUUUGGAAAGUCAAGGAACGCAUAAGACAAAUAGGUCUAAUUUGCAUUCUAUAGAACCCACAAGAAAGAAACCGGCUAGAAAAAGAAAAUCAAUAUGUUAUACUGAAAGUUCAGAGGAAGAAGACCAUUCAUCGGAUCAAGACUAUACGGAGAAACCGAGAAAAAAGGAACCUAGAUCAAAGCGAUUACGUGAAAAAGCGAACCGUGAUGGUAUGGACAAAGAUACUACUUUGUGCGAAAUUACUCCAAGUACACCCCAACAAACCCGACGUCAUUUGAUAUCUCAGAAGAUUUUUCCACUUCACGUGAGUCUACACCAUGUCCAGUAGCUCGACCGUCAAAAAUUCCCUGUUUCUUGUGGCGUAAACAGGUCAAGAUCACAGGUGAAGGAAAUGUGGAGAUGACCGACGAGAUGACC